AUGACUACUGGCAACGAUUGUUUCAAUCCGAGAUUUCAGCCGUGCUAUUUAUUGCGCGAGAGCAAGAUACCAUGCGUGGUUUGGUUUGAGGACGCCGUUGCACAUUAUGGUGUCCCAACCAUAGUAUUCGAUUUCUACAUACUCGUACCGGACACUGACUUGGCCGCUGAAGUUCUGGUAAAGGCGGGCUGGACUCUGGCCAAGCAAAAGGAGCCCAGAAUUGGAACUGCCACCGUCGAUACUUCGCACCGUUGUCUGAAUCCACCGACGCCAGACCGCGAUUGUUUGCCCACCAAAUGGGAUGGUAUUGGCACGCGACCACUCCCAAGUAAGGAGCCACCGGGUCCGACAACUACAAUUCUCCUUCCAGCUGCAAACUGGAAUUUCCCUCUGCCUCGGUUUUCACACUCUCGCACCGUCUCUUACCUCGAUUUCUUUCCCCCACUGCUGGGCUUACUCGACGCUCUGAUAGGCAGCUUGCUCGACAAUCCUCAUCCCGACAGUUCCUUGUGGCUUCAUAUUAUGCUACACAUAGGCUACCUGUACCAAUAUGUUCCCGCUCUCAAAAAGAGAGAUUUUGCAGAGGGAUUAAAAUAUGAGCAUCGUCAAUAUCAUUUUGACACCCUAUCAGGAAUGUCAGAAGGGCUGCCAUUUGUACGCCAUCAACGAUUAAUCCGAGAAAAAUUACGACAGGGAACUAUUCAGCUCCAAGAAUGUUCAGCUGAUCGCAACAACGAAGAGCUCUUCUCUGGCCGCAGGGAAGCGGAAAUUUUGGCGUUAAUGCCUCGGCCUGCCGAGGAGUCUGCUGGAGAAAGUAGCUCAUCGGAUGAUCAAAUUGAUAAAUGA